AUUUAUACCAGCGUUCUAAACUUCCUGAUUGUGCAAUAUAUUUGUAGGAUUAUAUGAUUUAUAUUUUAUCAACACAAAUUAAAAAUAAGUACAUGCAGUCAUGUUUUUUCAAGUAUUACAGGUGAUACUAGUUGUGUGCGGGAUAACGUCCUUAGCUAAGGGCAUAACUAUGUCAGGGAACGGAACAUCUGGGGGUUUCACAGUCCAGGAAAACUCACCCCUGAAGCUGACGUGCUCUUCGUCUAUCGAUAUGAGCUAUAUUACCUUUGCUGUAAGAGAACUGCAAUUGCCUAAAUUAAUAAUAUCAGUAGGAUACGGCCCAUCUGGCUGUGCGAUGGACCCCCAGCUUUCCUACCUCAGUUGCUCAUGUGUUAGUAAGCGGGAGUACGUCUGUGUCAUCAGGAACGUCACCAGAGACAUGAGCGGGAAAGUUUGGUUUUGUUUCCCACCAGGAGGAGAUAUAACGGACAACAGUGGUGAUAAAACAAUCGUCGUUACAAUUGGUAUAACUGCGCUGUCUAUGGUUUCCCCGGCGGUCAGCUCCGUCUCUGUCAUAGAUAACACGGCUCGGCAGUUCCGGUGUGAGACGUCUGCCGGGAAUCCCCUGGCCACCGUGGAGUGGUACAAGGAUAACGGUACACAGGACAGGGCGGAUGACAUUCUGAUUACUACCGGGACGGAGACAGACACUAGAGCAAGUGGUACUCUCAUUGUGACUUUCGGUAAAGUGACGUUGACUGUGCAGAGAAGCGAUCAUGAAGUGGGUUUUUCUGCAGGGCAAACAACGGUGGAGAUUGGCUUUACUCAUCCAGCGUUUACUUAGAUGUUCAGUAUGAAACUACAACUCCGAGAGUAUCCUACAAUGGUGCCGAGGUUACCUCCCAUGUACUUGUGAUAUCUGGUCGUUCUAUUAUCCUUGUCUGCAACAGUACGGGGAACCCUACCCCCACUUACACGUGGACAUACCCUGAAGGUGACUCAUAUGUUGGCCCAACACUCACGAUGGACAGCGUACAGACAGCAGACGCCGGAGGUGUAACGUGUACAGCAAUGAACACGUUGUCACCUACAGGAGGUACAGCGGUUGAUAAGACACGAAAAACAACCAUCACUCUUCAGGUUCUACAUCCUCCAAUUAGACCAUCUUGUACCAUCAUUGGAACUUCUAUAUCGACCACUGUUAUACUAGUGGAGGGCACAGACCGCACUAUCACCUGCAUCAGUUCCGCCAAUCCGCCCUUGAUCACGUACACCUGGUCAACUCCGGGCCAUCGCCAAGUUUCCGGAGCCAGUUUGAAACUGCCCAAUGUCCAGCACACCGCCGACCAAGGCCUGUACACUCUGACAGUCACAAACACAAUGGAUCCCACAGGAGGAAACACGGAAACGGGAACAAACAACACAGCGUUCCCGUUGAAUAUACAAUAUGAACCGUCAAUCCCUCAGGUUUUCUACCAUGGUUCUGUAAUUAAUUCCCAUGUGCGGGUAAUAUCCGGAAAUUCUAUGACGCUCACUUGCAGCAGCACGGGAAACCCGAGCCCCACUUACACGUGGACGCGGCCUGGCGGAGGGUCACAAAAUGGCUCUAACCUCACAUUCACCAGUCUGGAUAUCACAUACGCCGGAGAUGUCACGUGUACAGCAAGGAACAAGUUGUCACCUACUGGAGAGACAACGGUUGAUAUGGCACGACAAACUACCGCGAGUCUCCAAGUAUUGUAUUCUCCAAGUAAACCAUUAUGUGCCAUAAAUGCGACUACCAUUUUGACCAUUGCCAUACUACUAGAAGGAUCAGACGGCACAAUAAGCUGUUCCAGUUCUGCCAUUCCGACCGAGAUCACAUACACCUGGUCAACUCCAGGCCGUGGAUUAGUGUCUGGAGCUAAUUUAUCCCUUACCAAUGUGCAACAUUCCGCUGACCUAGGCAUGUACAUCCUUACGGUCACAAACAUAAUGGACCCCACUAAAGGAAAGACAGAAACGGGUACCAAUACUACUGCAUUUUCGGUGGAUGUACAGUUUGGACCAAAAAUUCAACUUCCUGGGACUUUUGACAUUUUGGAGGGCAGUGUAUUAAAUUACAAAUGCCCGUUCAUCUCUGGGAACCCUUCUCAGACAUCCCUUGUCUGGACGUCAUCAGUCAACAACAGACAGUGGAACAGCCAGAUUGUUAGUAUCAGCUCUGUGCGGAAAUCUGACGACGGCAUUUAUACGUGUACAGCCAAGAACACGAUGACGCCUACUGGAUUUCCCCCCCAGACUGGAAGUCACAGCGGAAACAUGCACCUUAAUGUUCAGUAUGAAUCUCUCGUUAGUGACUUUCACGUUACUGAGCACAUCGGCACCUCUUACGUUACAAAAUCAGAGUACAGCAAUGUCACGUUUACCUGCAAGGUGGAUAGCAAUCCUCUAGCUUCCAUAAUUAUUCGAAAGGAAGAUGAAAUAUGGAGAUCUGUCUAUCCUUCAAAACAGCUAGAAUAUUCAAUUGCAAACCUAUCAUGCUGGGAUGCCGGACUUUACACAUGCGAUAGUAGCAGUGUGUUUAAUAUGGAAACACCAUCAAAAAAGGACUUAAGGUUGCUGGUUACAUGCACACCAAGGCGUCCGCCUGGCAUGGAUAUUAAAUUGAAUUUUACAGCCAGACAACACGAAAACACAAAACUGCAGUAUACAGUGUUUGCGUUUCCAGUCCCUAGUCCGUCACAGUUUGUCUGGAAAAGAUGUUCCAGCAGUAUAAUUUGUUCAAACUUAUCAAAUCUCUCCGGAAAAACGGAAGUUACAACAGUGGAUUGUCGAGUAAUUUGACCAUUUUGGAUAUUGAUAAAGAUGAUUACGGCAUGUAUAGAAUUUCAAUUGACAAUGGUAUCGGCAAGGUGCUAGUCGAAGAGAUGUAUCUUCAACCAGCAGGUCCACCUGACUGGCCAAGAGGGUUCAAGGUUAUUCCAAAUACAAUCAGGAGCACCAGCGUUGUAUUAACUUGGAUUCCAGGGUUUAAUAAUGGUCUUCUGCAAACCUUUCACAUAUCAUAUCGGCCUUCAAUACCCU